AUGACCAUGACUACUAUGCCAGAAAGCCUCAACAGCCCCGUGUCGGGCAAGGCUGUCUUUAUGGAGUUUGGGCCGCCCAGCCAGCAAAUGUCUCCUUCUCCCAUGUCCCACGGACACUAUUCCAUGCACUGUUUACAUUCUGCUGGCCACUCGCAGCCCGACAGCUCCUACAGCUCGGCCUCAUCCUUCUCCAGACCGCUGGGCUACCCCUAUGUCAACUCCGUCAGCAGCCACUCGUCUAAUCCCUACAUCAGUUCAGUGCAAUCCUAUCCCAACAGCUCCAGCCUGACUCAGACCCGGUUAGAGGAGACAGGAGCAGAUUCGGAGAAAAGCACCGUGGUAGAAGGAGGGGAAGUUCGUUUCAAUGGGAAGGGGAAAAAAAUUCGCAAACCCAGGACUAUUUAUUCCAGUUUGCAGUUGCAGGCUUUGAACAGGAGGUUCCAGCAAACUCAGUACCUAGCUCUGCCGGAAAGAGCGGAGCUCGCAGCCUCAUUGGGACUCACGCAGACACAGGUUAAAAUCUGGUUCCAGAACAAGCGGUCCAAAUUCAAGAAACUGAUGAAGCAGGGAGGGGCUGCCCUUGAGAGCAGCGCGCUGGCGAACGGCCGGGCUCUGUCCGCCAGUUCGCCUCCAGUCCCCCCGGGCUGGAACACCAGCAGCUCCUCCAGUAAGAGCUCCACUGGCAACGCGGGCACCUACAUCCCGAGCUACACGUCGUGGUACCCCUCAGCCCAUCAAGAAGCUAUGCAGCAACCUCAGCUCAUGUGA